ACUCCUUCCUCUCCCUCUCUAUCAGCGCCGCUGCUGCUCGCCGGCGCCGCCUGCCACCAAGCCCCGGAAUCCGCGGGGCGCGGGGGACCGGAAACGCUCGCUCGCUCCCCCUGUUUUCCUCGGCCGUCGGAGCGCGUCGUCUCCGGGCAGCAGCAGCUGCAGCCCCCCUAGUUCCUGGUGGUUCUUGCCUCCUCGUCUGGGUGUGAGUGUGGUGGAAUAGCGUCGUCGUCGUCGCUGGAAUCCGCCUGCCUGCUCCGCCUCCGCUCGCGCUGGAGCCAAAGCUACUGAUUGGCUUCUACCGACCAGCGAAGCCAAAGAGGGAUUCUUGGGAGGCAAUCAGAGGUGUUUGUUUUGGUCAAACAAAGCUCAGCUCCCUUCUCUGUCUUGCCCAUGGGAUGCUUGCUGUGAGCUGCUUGUGUUCAUACUUGUUGAGAGAAUAAAACAGUAUAGCAUCUUGCGGUCUUGCCCUUUCUGAUUGGAAGAGAAGAGAAAACCUGCUGUUUUGUGGCCUGCUAUGUCUAUCUCGGAGAAGGUGGUGCCAUCAUCAUCAUCAGUUUCUUCGUCGUCAGAUUUGGAUCCGCUGUUGAAGGAUCUUACGGAGAAGAAGUUGAGCUUUAGGAGGAACGUGGUGUCAUUGGCAGCCGAGCUCAAGGAUGUGAGGAACAAGCUUGCUUCCCAGGAGCAGCUGUUUGUAAGGGAAUCUCAAACUAGAAAGGUUGCGGAGACAAAAGCGAGGAGCAUGGAAGAGGAAGUAAGCAAGCUGCAGAAAUGCUUACAGGACAAGGAUGAGCAACUGCGUUCAUCCACAAGUAGCACGGAACAGUACCUCCAUGAGUUGGAUGAUCUUAGAACACAACUGUCAUUUACUCAAGCUACAGCAGAAGCAAGUGCUGCAUCAGCCAAGUCAGCUCAGAUGCAGUGCUUGUCAUUGCUGAAAGAGUUGAAUGAGAAGGACAUCUCACUCAAAGAGCACGAACUUCGAGUGAACAAGCUUGGUGAGCAGCUUGAUCUUCUCCAGAAGGAUCUGCAAGCAAGGGAGCUCUCACAAAUGCAACUUAAAGAUGAAGUUAUAAGAAUUGAGACCGACAUCAUGGACGCAGUUGCCAAAGCUGGGUCUAGGUCUGACAAAGAUAAUGAACUGUUAAAGAUCUUAUCUGAUGUUUCACCAAGGAAUGUCCAGAACCUCAACAACCUUUUGAAUGCUAAGGAUACAGAAAUUGCGAGGUUGAGAGAGGAAAUCAGAAUAUUGUCUGCUCACUGGACGAACAAAACCAAGGAACUUGAAUCACAGUUAGAAAAGCACCGGAGAACUGAUCAGGAGCUGAAGAAGAGGGUUCUGAAGCUUGAAUUUUGCCUUCAAGAAUCUCAGUCUCAGAUGCGAAAAUUAAAGAGGAUGGGGGAGAAAAGAGACAAGGCUCUCAAGGAACUCAUGGACCAGGUGGCCAUGAAGCAGCCCAACAGCAUGUGCCAUGACAACAAGGAGAAUUUUUGGGAGAGUCAGGGAUUCAAGUUCCUUGCCUCUAUGUCGAUGCUGGCACUAGUGAUCCUCGCAAAGCGAUGAAUCAGCAUCGUAAACCCAAUCUCGUGUAAAGAAGUUAGAGAUUCCAUCUGUCGUUAGGUGAGCAACUAGCUCAUAGUUUAAGCAGAUGUCAAUGUAGCGUUUACAUUAGUUUGGAGACUUGGGCAGCUGCGCGUACUGCAUGGUCAGAUGUCUAGACCAAAAUUUGCCGACAUCCAAUCCUAGUCUGUAGACUGUAAUAGUGCAGUUACUGCUGGUUCAUGUAAACUCAUAAGCUGUCUUGUAGUCACAGCUAGUUCAUGUUAGCUCAUGAGCAGUCAUGUGGUCAUGAAUCUACAUUUUAUAAUUUCAGAGUAGCUUCAGCAGUUGUCAGCGCUAAAUCUAA